AAACUCAUUGCCAACCGUCUUCUACUCGUUACGGGACGCAACACAUGUCCAUCGGUGUCUUAUGGGAAUAUACGUGCCCGAAUGUGUUAUAACGAUCGUACGCGUCAGCUAGGAAUAUUUUCAUAACACGAGGCGUAUAAUUCACAGCGUUCAGUGUACUGUUUGCUAUUAGAGCGAUUGGUGUGAGCCCCUACUGUGACAUAUUACUUUUAAGAAGAUUCGCUUUUUGAUUUGUAAAAUAGUGCGGAUUUAGCAAAAUUUCAUGUGUUCCAUUUUAUCAAAAGGGUUUUUUUUUAAUUCUCGAAGGACGACGGGUCAGACCUAAUGUUUCCGUAUAGAUUAAAGUGAAAACAUUUGUAUUAAAACCCAUCACAAAACUUCUAAGCAAAAUGUCCUCAAGACGCUCGGCACCUCCACCGAUGCAACAACUGCAACCGCAAAUGUCUAUAUCCUAUGGCGAACCAGAAAAAAAGCAACGAAGCAAGUGCAUGUCUUUCGUGUGUUGUAUGUGGAAGGUGUUUACAUGCAUUUUUUCGCAUGUCACUCUCGUCGCAACGGUAGUUGCAUACUGUUUUUUGGGUGCAUUUACAUUUGAACAUUUGGAGGCGGAAAAUGAACGAAAUGUCAAAAAAGGGAUCAGCUCUAUUCGGGUCAACUUAACGGAUGCUAUCUGGAAAAUGACCAACGAUAGACCAGUUUUGCAUCAGCAAAAUUGGACCUCUGCUGCCAUAAUGCAUCUUCAGUCUUUCGAGAAAGAAAUACUCACUGCCAUGAAGAAGGAUGGUUGGGACGGCAACGAGGACGUGGAUCAAAUUCAAUGGACAUUUUUUGGAGCUCUGUUUUAUUCCAUCAUCGUCAUAACAACAAUCGGUUACGGUCACAUUGCUCCAAAAACGUAUAUGGGAAAAAUAUCAACUAUCUUCUAUGCUAUUCUGGGCAUUCCACUUAUGCUGCUAUGUUUAUCCAACAUUGGUGAUAUCAUGGCUAGUUCCUUUAGAUUUCUCUAUUGGCGCGUAUGUUGCUACGUCUGUACAAGAGAACCUAAACGAUCCAAUUCUAGACGCAGCCGAAGUAGUCGUGGUACGGUAAGACAAGGAAGAAGCUCUGUACGAUCUGGACAAGCAGCGGGAACGAAUUUAAGACGUUCAGUGCGAAAUUCACAACGUUCUGCAGAUUCAGGAUUCGACCCAUACUAUGAACCGGGCCUCUCUCAUUCAUAUUCGGAUACAGAUUGUAGAUACAAUGCAGCCAUGGAUGAUCCAUACUAUCCAGACAACGAUCGGGGUAUGCGACAACAAGCUAAAUAUGAUAACUCGAACCCCAACAAUUCUGGAGGCAUGCGACCACAAAUUAGAGGUCCACCUAAUUCCGAUGCAUUCAUGAACGAAGAAUAUAUGGCAGGAUCGCCACAAGUGAAACGACCUCCGGGUGGACAUUCCCGUGCCGAAUCGAUAGGUCUUGAUCAGUCGCAACGUUCACUGCAAAAACCUAGACAGAAUGAUGGACAGUACCGAAAACAGCAAGGAAUGCGAGCACAAUCGCUAGAUCGUCGCAUGUUUCGGCAGGACUCACAGAUGAUAGACAUGGAUGAUGAUUCACCAUGUAAAACGCCAAUACUAUGCAAUAAAUAUGCGCUCGACGACGUUGACGACCAAGACGGAAGACCGACGAGGCCUAAUCCGCGCAGUCAAUCGAUGCCACGUCAGACCGGUCGGUACGGUGACCGUUUGAUGCCCGACCGGAUGCCCUACUACACGGAGGACAACGAGAUGGCAGAAAAUAUGCAUACCGUGCGCAAAUCCGCUCCUCAGAGACGUCGCGAACCACGUCCCGUGCCAGCGCCAUCGCCACGCAUAAUGUCACCGAUGGGAUUCGCAGUUCAUCGUCAAGCCCGUCAUUUACAGAAUGUGAUCGAUGAUAACUCGCUCUACGAUGACGAAUGGGACAUCCACAGCGGCGAGCUGCCACCAUCCUCCAUCGUUCGCCCAGUACCGAUCUGGUUGUGCGUUUUUCUAGUCGUUAGUUACAUCAUUGCCGGCGCAUUUAUGUUCUCAGAAUGGGAAGAGUGGAGUUUUCUCGAUUCCGCAUACUUUUGUUUCAUCACCCUCACUACUAUCGGUUUUGGUGACUUUGUUCCGGCACAAGGCGUUAAAAAUGAUUCCGAAAUUUCAAUAGCACUCUGCUCGCUCUAUCUUCUCUUCGGUAUUGCACUCUUGGCUAUGAGCUUCAAUCUCGUACAGGAAGAAGUGAUCUCAAACGUCAAAAGCGUUGCGCGCCGUCUUGGCAUACUCAAGGAAGAAGAAAUGGAUGAUUAGGUUACACCAGGUGCUUCAUGUUUAACCAACUUUAUAAGAUCUAUACAUAGCUAGCAUACCCCUUGUCAUAGCAGCGAUACUCGUAGGAUACUGGCCGGAAUAGUUUUAACCGUCAUCUUAUUCAAAGGUUUCAAAGGACUUAAAAUACAAUCAAAUAAUAAGUAA